AUGUUUGACGACAAACCAACCUCUCGGCUGGCAAAUGUCGACAUACCCGUACAAGUCCAAAAGCCACACCUGCCAAAUGGAAUUAAACACAUAUCCCCUGAAAAGAUUGACCAUCGCACAGAUGAGGAGAUUGCCGCUUCCUUGCAGAAGCGCCAUCUUGUCACCUCGGACAAGAACAUCUGGGGUUUCUGGCAUACGGGCUUUGCGCGGAUGAGGCCUUGGGCACAGCGAAAUGUAAUCAACUGGGUGCGUCGGUUGGGUCCGGAUUGGACUGUUCACAUAGUUGAUCGUGUGGAUGGCUCAGAAACGAACGUCUUUCACUAUGCUGAAGAGUCUUUCUUCCCAAAGACGUUUAUUGACGGCACCAUGGAUGGCCACAAGGCCCAUAUGGGAGACCUGGUUCGUCUACCGCUAUUAUGGAAAUACGGAGGCAUAUGGAUGGAUGUUGGCCUCAUCCUCUUGCGGCACGUCGAUGAUAUCUGUUGGAAGCGAAUCGAGGAUCCCGCGUCGCCUCAUAAACUCAGCGCGCUGGCUUUGAUGCACUUGCCGGACACUUAUACUCCGCUCAAUGGAUUUUUGGCCACAAAACGCAACAAUCCCUUCAUCAAGAGGUGGCACGAUAUCUAUGUUGCGCUCUGGACUGAGGGAGUCACCAAUGCAACGGGCUUCCACAAACAUCCACUGCUACGGCAUUUGCCUAUAUUCCGCCCUCGAAUGGAAUCUCCGGGCUUGAAAAACAUAAACAUGGAUUACGAAAAGUUUUCCGACUAUGUAGCUCAUUACAUGUGUGCCGAGCGACUUCGAAAGCUCAUCGACCCCAACGACGGCUUCAACGGCGCGGAAUGGUAUGAGAAGCAUAUGCUCUUGUUUGACGCCAAAGACGAAAUGUUUCAAGUUCAAACACUUACCGAUUGGGAUGCACAGCUCCAAUUCAGUCUCUUCUCACUACCGCGUUCUGGAGACGGCGCCGUGGUGGAUAAGUCGUGGCAUGAGGCUGAGGCUCUCGUGACAUCUUUGCUGGCAAAUACGUCCAUGGUGAAACUUCCUCACGGACCGGGCAACGGUGGAUUAAAAAUUAACAUGCUCGCUGAUCUAUGGGAUGCUGAAGAGAAUUCUAACAAAGAUAAUGAAGAAGGGUCGUUUGCUGCGUAUCUGCGGUAUGGAUCGACUCAUUUCGACCAGAUACGGGAGGUGAAGAAACUUGAGUGGCAGAAUCCAGAGGAACAAAUUAUUACGAUUGGAUAUUUAGAGCCUGUGAAAAUAGGCCUUGGGGCUCUCAUCUGCAAGAAAUUCGCCGCAGAAGGGGCCAAUGUCGCUAUCAACUAUGUCUCCAACGCGGAUGCUGCUCAGAAAGUGGCUGAUUCCCUGAAGGAAUAUCCCGUCAAGACAUUUGUCAUUCAAGGUGAUGCCGGGAAGAGGGAAGAUAACGUGCGUGUCGUUCAAGAAACAGUCAAGAACCUGGGCGGGCUCGACAUUAUCAUUGCGAACGCUGGCUGGACCAAGAUGUCUCGAUUUAGCGAUCUCCAUGCCCUGAACGAUGAAGAAUGGAACAAGUGCUGGGCUGUCAACGUCAUGUCUCAUUUGCAACUGGUUCAAGAAGCCGUGCCCAUCUUUAACGCGAAUCCCGAGGGCGGUGUUUACUUGAUUACUUCUUCUGUUGCAGGCACCACCCAAGCCGGUAGCAGCAUGGCCUAUUCAGUCACCAAGGCUGCUGGUCUACAUCUCAUGAAGAGCCUCGCAUACACGCAAGGACCCAAGAUUCGAAUCAAUGCCAUCCUUCCCGGUCUGCUGUUGACUGAAUGGGGGCAAAAAUUUGGAGGAGCGCACAUCGAAAAGGUGAAAUCGUUAUCGACAUUAAGGCGCGAGACUGAUCUCGAUGAUUGUGCCGAUGUUUUUAUCACAGUGGCUAAGAAUAGUUCCAUGACAGGCCAACAAAUUGCAAUUGACUCUGGUAUCGUUCUGGGCCACCCAGAGUCCAAGCAGUUGCACACUGAGAAGAAAUAG